CUCAGUCAGACAGGUCUUCGAUUAGUAGAAGCACUCCUUGGCAAUAGAUGCUGGGCCAUGGCCUACCUCAAGAAUGCGGUUCUCGAACGCGUUAUUGCAGUGACGCGGUGACGCGAGCCCCCCAUGUUCUGUGGACAGUAGACGCGUUCCUUCCGUGACGGUUGAGUAUGGUCUGGAUUCGCCACCUGCGCCACUGUUCACUGCUAUCAGCCACUCUUUAACGGAUCUUGGAUAGACAGAUGCUUUGAGGCAGUCUUAGAGAUUCAGGUUUAUGCUCUCGUGAUCCCAAUGCUAAUAAGUACAAAGCCGUGAUUGUAGCUUAUAUGGUGACUGGAACUGCAACUCGUCGUGCUGCCAGAGUUCAAUGCCAAUGUUCUCUGAACCUAGACGCGUUGAACUAUAUCUCGCAUUAGCAGACUGCUGCUUAUUCUUGAUCUCAGGAAGGAGCGAGGAGAUGGGACGGAAGAUAGACAUGGGGCUUGAUGGCAAGAUUCUCAGACCGCAAACAUCUCCAAGGAGUAAACACCGAAACUCGGUGUGCUGGUACUUCCACUUCGCGAGCGCGCCCUACCCUUUCCAGGUACCUCACUCCCAUCACCACUCACCAAGUUCUGCCAGAGGUUUCCUGACCUGGAAGACCAUCCCUUUGUUCCCUUCUACCAUCACCUUGAAGUUACUGGCAGUAACUUCUUCUCCAACCCUCCAAACCGUUUUCCCUUCCUCUCCCACACCUCCAUCAACUCCAGAUUCUUCUUCUUCCAUCCCCAAAGCAGUUUUGCCUUUCUCUCCCACGUCUUCACCUCCAUCAACUCCAGAUUCUCAACCACCGAUCGGAAAAGUUACUGCCAGUGACUUCUUCUCCCAUCCCCAAAGCAGAUUUGCCAUUCUGUCCCACACCUUCAUCAACCCCAUCUUCUCAACCAUCGGUCGGAAUCGCCUGCCAGUCGUCCGACCUUCUCUCCAUGCGUCAAGAUCUAUAUAACCUGGUAAGCAUCAAAGGUUCCCUUAUUCUUUGCUGGAGCCAUCGUAUUAUCAUGCUCGGAUGAAGCUUGCUUGCUGACUCUCAUCGGUGCAGAGAGUCGCAGCACAUCCGACCGAUCGACAAGAUUUCAUUAUCGUCGCUGCUCAUCACAAAGUAAGUGAUCAUCUCAUCCGACCUGAGUGCUGUGUCGUCCGACCUUUC